UUUCUCUUCCUCUCUUUCUCUUGUUCCCUUUACACCUUUGAGCUAAAAUUCUCACUAAUUAUUAUUAUUAUUAUUAUUAUUAAUUACGAAAAAUGGGUUACAAAGCAUUGGAAGAAUCAAAACUGAAAAUUAAGCAUAGAAAAGGUUUAUGGUCACCAGAAGAAGAUGAAAGGUUAAGAAACUACAUUAAUCAACAUGGCCAUGGAUGUUGGAGCACUGUUCCGAUUAAUGCAGGACUUCAAAGAAAUGGGAAAAGCUGUAGAUUAAGAUGGAUUAAUUACUUAAGACCAGGGCUUAAGAGAGGUACAUUUAGCCCCCAAGAAGAGGAGAAAAUUCUGAAUCUUCAUUCUGCUCUAGGAAAUAAAUGGUCACAAAUAGCACAACAAUUACAGGGAAGAACAGAUAACGAGAUCAAGAACUUUUGGCACUCAUAUCUCAAGAAGAAAGUUGCUAAGAAGGAAAAAUCACAAUCCAUAUCACAAAUCCAAUCAACUAAUCCAAUCUUUCAAGAAGAAAUUGAAUCACCAAUUAAAUCAAACAUCACGAUUUCGAGUUUCGAUUCGAUUGGUACUACAGAAGGAUCUUCCAUUGAUGUAAACCAAUCCAAUAACAAUCAAAUUAGCAACCUUCCAAGACUUUUCUUUGCAGAAUGGUUUAGUUUGGAUAGUAUGAAUAAUGGGCAAAAUAAUAAUAUUAUUCAUCAAGAUUAUCAAAACCCUAAUUACAAUAAUAAUGUUAAUUAUUAUAAUAAUUUAUAUGUUGAGGAUUGUUUUAAUCAAGGAGUUAUAUACAAUAAUGAAGGAUCAUGUAGCAAUGAGGAGUUAAGUAAUGAAGCUGAUCAAAAUGGGAUGUUCAAGAUUGAAGAUCCAACUUCAGAGAUUGUUCUAAGUGAAUUAUUAUAUGGGAAUCGUUAUGAUCUUUGCAUUGCUAGUUUGCCCUUUUGCUCGGAUGAACAUCGCUUGCUCAUCUGA